AUGAGUAGAUCUUGUCCUGGUUUUCUUGAUCGAUAUGGUAUAUGGAACAAUGGUUUUGAUUGUUCAUCACCUCGUGUAUGUUGUGGUCCAGAAAUUGAUCGUUAUUGUUGUAUCCCAUCUUCAACAUUAUCUUCUUCAAUAUCACCAUCAAAUCCUUUUGAAUCAUAUGAAGAUUUAGAUUCUUAUACAAUUCAGACAUCAGAUAAUUUACUUGCGGAAAAAUGGUUUUUUAUACGAAUGUGUACUAUUGGUAUACUUCUUGCUAUUCUAUUAAUUAUUUUUAUCAUUAUUUAUCUAUGUAUAAUAUGUAUUCGUCAUAUACAACAUAAUAAAAAACGAUCUACUAUUCAAGUACCAUUAUCAUCACCAUCAUCAUCACUUUUACUUGAAUCAAAACGAACAUCUUUAUCAAAUCGUAUAUCAACAAUAACUCAUGCAUCAAAUGAUAAUAAAUCUGGAUAUACCGAUGCAUCACUUGUAUUACCAACUUCAUUAAAUCUUUAUCCAACAACUAAUAGUCGUAAUUCAACAACAUCAUCAUCAUCAUAUUAUAUGUAUCCAAAUGAAUUUGAAUAUCUUUGUAAAUAA